AUGUCGCUGACAAAGAGGAACGAAUACCUCGACCAUGGCCCAUCUGAUGAGUCUGACAACGACGCAGGCUACGACUCCGAGGCCGCAGAGGUUUCGAAGGCGGAGAGGGCGAGCAAGAGACGGAAGAUAGAGCGUGAGAGUACGGACGAUGAAGCAGACGAAGUCGAAGCCCCUAGAGUCACAGAAAGCUCUCCCUCUGGCUCGCGGCGGCAGCAACAGGGCGAGGAACGAGGCGUGGAUAAAUCAGAGAGCCCGGACGCCAAACCAAAACCCCAAGACGCUUCCUCCGACGCAGCCACAGCACAGACACCGAAGAAAAAGAAAGACAAGUCAAAAGGAAAAGAAAGCGUGCCUGGCGUGAUAUACCUAUCCUCAUUACCGCCGUACCUCAAACCCUCCGCGCUCCGCAAUCUACUAGAACAACGCGGAUUCGGUCCGAUCAAGCGACUAUUUCUCUCUCCCGCGAGCAAGCACAAAUCGGGAUCCAAGAAGAACUCACGCCGGCUGUACACCGAAGGAUGGAUUGAGUUCGCCUCCAAGAAGACGGCGCGGCUAUGUGCAGAGACACUAAAUACCCAGGUGGUAGGUGGCCGGAAAGGAGGAUUCUACCACGACGAUGUCUGGAAUAUGAAGUAUCUGAAAGGCAUGCGGUGGGAGGAGCUCAUGGCCGGCAUCAGAGAAGAGAAGAGAGAAGAAGAAGGACGAAGGGACGAAGAGAGGCGCAUCAUCGCCCGCGAGACGAAGAGAUUCAUCGAGGGUGUCGAGGAAGGGCGGAAGAGGGAAGGAAUCAAGAGGAAGAGAGAGCUCAAGGGCGUCGGUCAGGAUACGGCUACAGAUGCGAAGAGGACGUGGAGACAGGCCGAAGUCAAGGGCAAGAUUAUGCCGCAGGAGAAGGAGACGGUCAGUGCCGAAGUCAAGGAGGUCUUGGGAAAGAUCUUUUGA